AUGGGGUUCCCUGUAGACACGACUGUCUGCAAGGGACUCUCUCAUUUGAAGGUGGCGUUGAAGAACGUGGGAUUCUCGAAAAGACAUGUUGCACAGAAGUGCCAGCUGGUUGCUGCUAUUCUCCAUCUGGGUAACCUGGAAUUCCAUACCGAUCGCUCUCGCAACGAAGACGCUGCUGUCGUGGGCAACACGGAUGUCCUCGAUAUCGUCGCAGAUUUCUUGGACGUGCAGCCGGAAGCUUUGGAGGCUGCGCUAUCGUACAGAAUGAAGAUGGGGAAGAAGGAACUAUGUACAAUCUUCCUGGAUCCCGAUGGUGCCUCUGAUAACCGAGAUGAACUCGUGAAGCCGCUAUACUCCCUCCUGUUUGCAUGGUUGAACAAACACAUCAACCAGCGCCUUUGCCACGACGACUUCAAUAUGUUCAUUGGACUGUUUGACUUACCCGGCCCCCAGAACAUGACUAGCCGGCCUAGAUCAGUUCUGCAUCAACUUCGCUAA